AGAGUUGGCGCGGGAUCUGCGCUCUGAUGUUUCCGGGAACCUGCGGAGAGCAGCUGGGCCGAAGUUCACCGCGUCCUCCUCAUCCUCAGCCUCCUCUACCGGGGGAUAUUCCGCUCACCGGGACCGGCUUCACUCGCUACGGAGCUCGGGAACUCAUUUACCCUUACAUGAGAGAGACAGUGAGCGCUGACAGACGCUUUAAACCUCAGCAGACACUCGGACCGAUGCUAGCAAGCUAACAGCAUCCUCUCGCGCGGACCGGGAAAUCAAAAUAAUGUCUUUAUUUAUUACUUCUAGUUCAUUUAUACUAGUUUUAUAAAGUGAAUGUGCUUUUUUCUCAGGCACACGUGUGGUGUCAUGUGUGUUAGCGACAGUAGCACAUGUUGUUUAUAGGUUACAGGUGAUUUUACGGUUUGUUGACAAGCUGUAAAUCAGAGUUAUUAUACAGUAAAGCUCAGUCUGAGCUCGCCUUACAUUAAAGGUCUCCUCAGCCUUUUCAAGCAUCAGCCAUGGCUCCGAAAAAGAGACCAGAGCCCAUAGUUCUAACCGGAUCCGGAGAGGCACAGACGACCUCUACAUCCAUCGAUGCAGCUUCAGAAGCGAAUCUUGAGACCCUGCAGAAGAAGCUGGAAGAGCUGGAUCUGGAUGAGCAGCAGAAGAGGCGUCUGGCAGCUUUUCAGACGCAGAAAGCCAAUCUGGGCGACCUGAAAGAUGAUGAAUUCCAGCAUAUCUGUGAGCUGGGAGCUGGAAAUGGAGGUGUGGUUAAUAAAGUGUGCCACAAACCCUCUGGCCUCGUAAUGGCCCGGAAGGCCCUACAUCGUUCAGUCCCAGAGAUAUGGGGUCUCAAUGAGGCUCAAUGUCCGCUAUUUAGAAGAACUCUUAGUGACUGUCUUUUCUUGUUCACAGAUGUGAAACCUUCAAAUAUUCUGGUCAAUUCCCGCGGGGAGAUUAAACUGUGUGACUUUGGCGUGAGCGGGCAGCUCAUCGACUCCAUGGCCAACUCUUUUGUAGGAACGCGCUCGUACAUGUCGCCGGAGAGGUUGCAGGGCACUCAUUACUCGGUGCAGUCAGACGUGUGGAGUAUGGGUCUCUCUCUGGUGGAGCUGGCCAUCGGCCGCUAUCCCAUUCCUCCACCCGAUGCCAAGGAGCUGGAGGGCAUCUUCGGCAGGCCAGUGAUGGAUGUUAGGGAGACAGAGACACACAGUACGUCUGCUCGACCCAGACCCCCCAGCAGACCCGUCAGCGGUCACGGGCCCGUCAUGGCUAUAUUUGAGCUGCUGGAUUAUAUAGUCAAUGAGCCGCCCCCUAAACUCCCUCAUGGCGUCUUCACUCCUGAUUUCCAGGACUUUGUGACCAAAUGUCUGAUUAAAAACCCUGCAGACCGAGCGGACCUAAAGAUGCUGAUGAAUCACACGUUUAUUAAGCGCUCAGAGGUGGAGGAGGUGAACUUCGCUGGAUGGUUGUGUAAAACGGUGGGGCUCAAUCAGCCCAGCACACCCACCCAAACAGCUGAAUGACACAAACACACACUCUCUCUCUCUCUCUCUCACACACACACACACACACAACCCACGAUUCCCCUACAGAAUACAAACGUUUACAGCCUGUCUGAUGGAACACCUGCAAAGCUGCUUAUUUUACACUUUGACUUCAAUAUUCAUGGGUGAAUCUCAUGGAUCCAGUCAAGAACAUGAACAUUUGAUGCUCAAAACAAAGAAACAAGAGAUGCAUGUAUUUUGAUGAAAGAAAAUUAAGAUCUUGCAUCAUGUGAUCUUUGUCUUGCCAAAAAAGUGCAUUUGCCCCCCC